GAUGUGGAUAUAUCUUAUCACAGAAAAUCAAGAAAUUCAAGAAAAAACUUGGCAUCAUUGUCUUACUUCUGACAGUUGCUGGUAUAUCUAUUGCAAUGACUGUUCAACUGGUUAGCUCUGUAAAAAAGCUUGAAAUGUACCCAACUGGAAGCAAAGUAGAAUAUUUGAAAGCGGAAACAGACAUGAGCCUUUCUCUUUCUAUUUGCCAAGAUCGUUCUGUUUUUCUAAAGGAGGAGUUUAACAAAUUCAAGAUACCUCUCAAAGGGGUGUUUAGAAGAGAGGAGGAAGAUGCUCCAUGGAUAAAGUAUGAGGACAAUGAGAUGAAGAUGUUUAAUUGGUCUGACAAAGCAAAUGUAACUCAAUUUUGUUUGACAUUUAAGUUUUAUGAAGAUGAAAUCAAAAUGACCCAUAGUUUCACAGAAUACCAUUCAAGCAGUAUUUAUGUUCAUGAUACUGGUCUUCUUACAGCUGGAAACUUUAUAAAGCUAGAUGGCAAUCUUUUGAAUGAUAACAACAUCAUAAUAUUGGAAGCAAAACAGAUUCAUAAAAUGGAAGAGGAAAAUGUGUGCACAAACUCUGAUGAGUUUGAUUUGUGUAGAGAAGAUUAUAUUUCAGAUCAUGCUUGUCAAAAAAGUCUUAUUAACAUUAACAGGAAUUCGGCAUUAGUAUACAAAGAAUGCAAUUUUACGACUAUGGGAUAUUUAAGAGAAGAAUUCAAUAAAGAGUUUUUUGAAAUUUCAACAAAUUUCAAAGCAGGACCAAGUACUUGCCUUCUGCCAUGUAAACAAAGCUUCUUUGUUGCCAAACCUUUACAGAUCAAGGAGAAGAAAAAAGGGAAUUACGAUGUUAAGUAUCUGAUAAUCAAGAAACCCCGAAAUGUGGAAGUUCUGAAGAGUGAAUACAUUUACACAAUCUGGGAAUUUGCUGCAGAGUUUGGAGGCUGGGUUGGAGUACUCUUUGGUUUCUGUAUUCUUGAUAUUAUUGAUCUUAUCAAGACUGUAUUCAUCUUCAUAUUAGAUCUCUACAUGGAUUAAUUAAAUUUAUAGUUUGUUCUCAUAUUUAUAGUUUAUUCUCAUGUGUGCAUGCUCUUCAGAACUUAUCUCUUUUAACUUUAAUGUUUAUGAAAUAUUAAAUUGAUUAAAUAAAUCACUUUUGUCUAUAAUUAAUAAUUAUCAGAGCAUUUUCAAAGAAUUAAACGCAAAUGUAAUGAGAGGG